AAACUGUGAAGAUCUGUUUAGCAAUGAAGAUUGUGAGAUGUUGUACCAGUUCGUAUAUGCUACACACAGGCCACUGGCAACAGCAGCUGGAGAGUUUUUGUACACAAGGUAUCUGAUCCCAGUUGUCAGAGGAGUAGGUUCACAGAAGACAAGAGGAUGUGAGCACAAUGUAAGGCUGUUAAGAAAGCUGCUGGAUUUUUUCCUUCAAAGUGAGUUGCAUGAGCACAUGACAUACCUUGUCGACAGUCUUUGGGAUUGCACGCCUGGAUUUUUAAAGGACUGGCAAUGUAUGACCUCCAUCCUCCUGCAAGAUAAGGAAAACAUAGCAGGUUUGAACGGGACACAGGAAAACCUUCUGGUGGAGUUAAUACUGGCAACAGUCCGAGAGGCCAUGGAGGGCCAUCCACCUAUAGGCAGAGGAGCGGGGAGAAAGGUUCCCUCAGCCAAGGAAAAGAAAGCACAACUGGAAGACAGACAAAGGAUUACUGAACACUUUGCAGCCACCCUUCCCUUGCUGCUGGCAAAGUUUUCAUCAGAACCCGAUAAAAUUAUAAACCUUCUUCAAAUCCCCCAAUACUUUGAUAUGGAGUUUUAUGCUGAAACACAAAUGGAAAAGCAUUUGGAAGCCUUGUUAAAGCACAUGGAACACAUAGCCGCUAAUCAUUCAGAGGAAGAGGUGCUUCAGGUCUGUUCCAAGACAUAUAGCAGCCUGAGUAAAGAGAACCUGGCAAGCCUUAGCGUGGUCAGCCAUUCCAAGAGACAACUGAUUGAUCAUCUCCUCGACACUUUUAGCCAAAUGCUGGAUGAUAUUCUGCAGGAGGGAGAAGGGCACCUGACUGCAGAAGAUGUGCAUCCUAUGUCUUGCACAUUAAAAAGGCUUGCAGCAUUUCACAAUGCUCAUAAUCUUAGUCAGUGGGGUCUAUUUCAGAAGACAUUUAAGUUAUUUGAAUUUGAUAUGGAGCAACAAAGAUUACCAGUACAGCUUUUGCUGCCUGCUUUCCAGUGUAUGUAUUAUGCCCUCCUUUGGCAGCUGGUACUUGUCAUAGAAGAGCCACACCAUAAGGAAGCAGCUGAUGCACUUAGGACGAAGGUAUAUGACUUUUGUCAGCUUUGUAGGAAAUACGUGAAUCACAGAGAUCAGUCGGUGAGGGAGCAGUCAUUCCUUUCCUUGUGUGACCUACUUUUGUUGCUAAGUAACAGAAGAGGAGGGAUAUUUUACCAUGUGGAUUCAGCAGUGGAGACAGAGCUUCUGUCAUUUAUCCUUCGACAUGUCUUUCAGACUCCCCAAACAGAAAAAGACGAAGCAACGUCAGAGAAAGAGGAUGACGUGACCCUGGUCAUUCUACACAGGAGAAGGAUGCUGCUGGCUGUAUAUUGCAAGCUGAUAACCUCCAGUGUAGUGGAGAUGUCAGCUGUAGCGGAGAUUUACAAGCAGUAUAUGAAGGCCUACAAUGACUUUGGUGAUAUAAUUAAGGAAACCUUGAGCCGAACAAGACAGAUCAACAGGAUAGAAAGUGCAAAAACUUUGGUCCUUUGUCUGAAAAAGCUGUUUCUGGAGCACAGAGAAGCACAUGACAGUGCCACCCCGUCCCCUGCGUCAUUCACUAACAUAAAGGAGCUGGCUCGCCGCUUUUCUCUAACGUUUGGCAUGGACCACGUGAAAUGCAGAGAAUCUAUUGCUAUGAUGCACAAGCAAGGGAUUGAGUUUGCCUUCAAGGAGCCAGUGAAAGAGAAUGGUCUACCACCUCCUAACCUGCCGUUUCUUGGCCUCAUCAGUGAAUUCUCCAAUAAACUCCUUCGAGCUGACAAGAGGCUGGUGUAUGGAUACCUACAGAGGUUUGCCAAUGGGCAGAUGGUGCAUAAAGGAUCUGAAUGGAAUCCACUGGUAGUGUACAGUAACUCUUUGUUAGAUAACCAUGAUGAAGAAAGUUCUUUAACAGGCAGCGCCUUUUCUAGAGACCAUUUGAUUAUGGGCACAUCUCAACAUUUAAAAAGAAAAUCAACAUAUGAACGCAUUCCAGGAAACAGCAUGGCAGACAAGAGGGCAUUUCAUCAACAGAACUCCCAUUAUUCUGCUAAAAGCAAGAGACCAGGGAGACUUCAAGAGCAAGCAUUCGUGGACUUUGCAUCAUUAAACAGUCUACAACCUCCGAACAAAGUGAAAAGUUCAAAUGCACACGUGGAUGAAAGCAAUGAAGAUGUGGACGUUGAUGAAAUAGACACAAAUGAGGAGCUUAUUACAUUUACAACUAAAGGAGCGGAAGAGAUUACAGAAUAG